UUCCUGUGUCUUCCCGUUUGGAGAGUUUAGGACCCCGGGUUGGUGGAAUCGGAAGGAGUUGAGGGGGUUCCUUCCUCCGGGACCUCUGGGGCUGCUGGGUGUGCAGGGCGCCUUGUGUGUAGCCCCCAGAACAGUGAGUUCCUCGUUGGGACGGGAGCUGAGAGCUGCGGGCCAGAAACCGCACCGCCCAGGCUGCAGGGUCCGUCCCCCAGAGCGGGUCGGCUGCUGCGAGGGGCGAGGGCUCAGCAUCUCCAGCCAGACCGGCCCCCGCGCUACCCCCGCCUGCAGGCUGUCUUGGGACCUUGUCUGCUGGAGACGGCGUGGUCUGGUCUCCUGAAACAACGCCCCGCGAUGCACCCCAGCCGAUGGUCCCCGCCAAGGGUUCGUAAAAGCCAGGUUUCAGGCGGUGCGUUGUCUUCAAAGGCGUUCCCCUUCACUGCGGAACCCUUCCACCCUCAUCACCCAUUUGCUCUAGGAUAGUGAGAACAACCCUUGUCUGUGGAGUGACGUCUUAGGGCAUUCCUUUAAUACCUUUGUGGCCUUGAAUUUGCCGCGGAUUUGCAAACAGCCAGUGUUCCUGAGAGCUGCUUUAUAACCAAAUUCAGUAGUAUCUCAGGAAGGAAAAUGGUGGGUCUGGCAUCCGUUACCCAGACUCUGGCUUUUUUCGUAAAUACUUUAUAGAAACAUGUGAUACAGACAGCAAAAUUAACCCGUUUGAACAUCCUCUCCCUCCUUUGCAUUCAGGACUUCUAAUCCCUAACCUGGCUGUGAUUAUUGUGAUAAUGGAGCAAGAAGAACUGCUGGUCUCAUAUUCUAAUGCCUUCACAGAAAGGAAGAGUUUCAAAAGCUCCUUCACAGGACACAAAAGUAAGAAUAAUUUGAGAACUAUUCAACACAAUAAUCCUAAGGCAGAUAAAGAGAGAGCAUCAGAAAGAUCUAAAAGACAUGGCGCACAAAAAUCUAAGCAUGAGGAUUCAGAAGAAAUGCCAUUGACAUGGUCCCAGGGAGCUAAGAUUUGGUGUCAUAAAUCCUAUGAGGAUGAAGGCAAAUCAGAGAUUUGGGGAGACUCUAUAGAGAAAGGGAAGGAAGCACCCAACCAUCAAGAAUGGGACCUAAGAGACCAUGCCAAUGAUUCUUUCCAGCAAAGUUUAUCCUUUGGAAACAAAUCCUACAAAUGUUCUGAAUGUUGGAAAAGUUUCAGUAAUAGUUCUCAUUUACGUACUCACCAGAGGACUCACUCAGGAGAAAAGCCUUAUAAAUGCUCCGAGUGUGGGAAAUGCUUUUGUAACAGUUCUCACCUGAUUCAGCACCUGAGAACACACACAGGAGAGAAGCCCUAUCAGUGUGGUGAAUGUCGGAAAAGCUUCAGCAAUACCUCUCAUCUUAUUAUCCAUGAGAGAACUCACACGGGAGAGAAACCCUAUAAAUGUCCUGAGUGUGGAAAGAGUUUCAGUAGCAGCUCUCACCUUAUUCAGCAUCACCGAUCACAUACAGGUGAAAAACCAUAUGAAUGUCCCAUUUGUGGAAAAGGCUUCAGCCACAGCUAUGUCCUUAUAGAACACCAGAGAACUCACACUGGAGAAAAACCUUAUAAGUGCCCUGAUUGUGGGAAGAGUUUUAGUCAGAGUUCCAGCUUGAUCCGCCACCAGCGGACACACACAGGCGAGAAGCCCUACAAAUGCCUUGAGUGUGGAAAAAGCUUUGGGUGUAAUUCUACUCUAAUAAAGCAUCAGAGAACACACACAGGAGAAAAACCCUAUCCAUGUCCAGAAUGUGGGAAGAACUUUAGUCGAAGUUCAAACCUUAUUGCACAUCGGGAAACUCACACAGAAGAGAAAUCCUGUGAAACUUCUGAAUAUGAGGAAAGUUUGAGUCAGAGUUGCAGUGUGAUAGAAGUAUGCAGAAUCCAGCCAGGAGAGAAACCAUAUAAAUGUGAAUGUGGAAAGAGUUUUGGUCUUAGCUCUCAUCUCAUUAGACAUCAGAGAACACACACAGGAGAAAAACCUUACAGAUGUUCUGAGUGCUGGAAAACUUUCAGUCAGAGUUCUACCCUGGUGAUUCACCAAAGGACGCACACAGGAGAGAAGCCUUAUAAGUGUCCAGAUUGUGGCGAAUGCUUCAGUCAGAGCUUUAACCUUAUCAGGCACCGGAGGACCCACAUAGGAGAAAAACCGUACAAAUGUACGGACUGUGAGAAAUGCUUCAGCAGAAGUGCCUACCUCAAUCAGCACCGGAAAGUUCACAGAGAAAAGUCUUUUGCGUCUCCUGAAGUUGGAGAUUUUCUUCAUGAAUGGACUUGGAAAAGCUGUUCAGGGCAAAUGGCCCUCAUCCCUUUAUUUCCAGUCUCAACUUCUCCCUGAGCCCCAAAGCCUAGUGGUGUCCCCCACCCUGUUAGACCAUUAUAAUUAAGGUAUUCUAUGAUCAUUGUGAUAUAAAAUUUCUUUUGUGUAUUUCUCAAAACAUUUAGAAAAAGUCAGCCUCUCAGUACAGAGGAUGGGAAGAGUGAAAUUAUUAGAUCUGUUUAGUGAGAGAAACCACUAAUGAUAAAGAAAAAGGAUAGUUUUUGUUUGUUUUUAAAUGGAAGAUAUUAUAAGAGUAGCUUCAAAGGAAAACACAAAGAAUAACCAUAGAAGUGUGAGAACUUGAAGCUAGAAUUGCCAUUAAAUUGCCUUAUUCUCUUGCCUUAUGGAUUGAGAGAUAUCAUUACUGGCUGUGGGGGGUGUACUCAGAGGAAUGAUCUUUUUGAACAAAUAAUGUGAUUUCUGGCUAUUUUGUUCGAUCGUAACAAAGAAAAUAUUCUUUUUAUUAUUAUUGUUGUUGUUGUUAUUUAAUUCACAUG